UGCUUCCCCUCCCGGGUGUUUUUGCCCCUUUCCUGGUGUGGGACGCGGUAGUGGCUAGCGGCAGUGCCAGGCCUGGGGUUGCCUGUGUCCUUCCCCGGGUCACGGACGAGGCAGCGACUUGACUCCCGGGCGCUGAGCCCGAGAGCGAGCACAGGCGACCGCCUUCCGUCCCGUCGGUUCGCGUCCUCCUUUGCUCCUUGUCCUGCUCCAUCUGUGGCUGCCUGGACGGCCCGGGACUGACUGCCUGGAGUAGGGGUGACUGUCGCUGCUGCCGGGGCUAAGGCGAGGCUGCGGCCCUCGGACUGCUGUAGCGGCGGUAGUGCUAGGGAGGAGGAGAGAAGAUGGCGUCGGAGCUGGAGCCCGAGGUGCAGGCCAUCGACCGCAGUUUGCUGGAAUGUUCCGCUGAGGAAACCGCGGGGAAAUGGCUUCAAGCAACUGACCUCACUAGUGAAGUAUACCAGCAUUUAGCCCACUAUGUACCCAAAAUAUACUGCAGGGGACCCAACCCUUUUCCACAGAAAGAAGACAUGCUGGCACAGCAUGUUUUGUUGGGACCAAUGGAAUGGUACCUCUGUGGUGAAGAUCCUGCAUUUGGAUUUCCAAAACUUGAACAAGCAAACAAACCUUCUCAUCUUUGUGGUCGAGUUUUUAAAGUAGGAGAGCCUACGUACUCUUGCAGAGACUGUGCAGUUGAUCCAACUUGUGUUUUAUGCAUGGAGUGCUUUUUGGGAAGUAUUCACAGAGACCAUCGAUAUAGGAUGACAACAUCAGGAGGUGGAGGUUUCUGUGACUGUGGUGAUACAGAAGCUUGGAAAGAGGGUCCUUACUGUCAAAAACAUGAACUUAACACCUCUGAAAUCGAGGAAGAAGAGGAUCCUCUUGUGCAUUUAUCAGUAGAUGUGAUAGCAAGAACUUACAACAUUUUUGCUAUUAUGUUUCGUUAUGCAGUAGAGAUAUUAACCUGGGAAAAAGAAAGUGAAUUGCCAGCAGAUUUGGAGAUGGAAGAAAAGAGCGACACCUACUAUUGUAUGUUGUUUAAUGAUGAGGUUCACACCUAUGAACAAGUAAUAUAUACUCUCCAGAAAGCUGUUAACUGUACUCAAAAAGAAGCCAUUGGUUUUGCAACAACAGUGGAUCGAGAUGGACGUAGGUCUGUUCGAUAUGGAGACUUCCAGUAUUGUGAGCAAGCAAAAUCAGUAAUUGUGAGAAAUACCAGUAGACAGACAAAGCCACUCAAAGUUCAAGUUAUGCAUUCGUCUAUUGUUGCACAUCAGAAUUUUGGUUUGAAACUUUUGUCUUGGCUGGGAAGUAUUAUUGGAUAUUCAGAUGGCCUUCGCCGGAUUUUAUGUCAAGUUGGAUUACAGGAAGGACCAUAUGGUGAAAACUCUUGUCUGGUGGAUAGACUGAUGCUUAGUGAUUCCAAAUUAUGGAAAGGUGCUAGGAGUGUAUAUCAUCAAUUAUUCAUGAGCAGCCUACUUAUGGAUUUGAAAUACAAGAAACUAUUUGCCAUUCGAUUUGCAAAAAACUAUGAGCGUUUGCAGAGUGAUUAUGUGACAGAUGACCACGACAGAGAGUUUUCAAUCGCAGACCUCUCGGUUCAGAUAUUCACAGUUCCUUCACUU